CAGGGGAAAGAGAGAACCAGGGUAGAAUGUCAGUUGCCCUUCCCGCUUUCGAAGCGGCAAAAGCGGAGGCCGCAAAAUGGCGAGCCUAGUUCCCAUCUGCUUCGUUGGUCCUCUGCGCUCUUCACAUACUCUAACCAAGAGAAGGCAUCAAUUAGAUUUUGCUUUGGGUAGACUUGCGAGUAUGGUAACAAGUUGUCAAUCAGUUCAAAAGGUUAUCGUCUCCUUCGGUUCAAAAAAAGGCUUAUCUUCUGUGAAUCAAUGCUGCCAUCAUCACUUAGCAGCACGACCAAGUUUUAUAUCAGAUACUCGGUACCUUGAUUUGAUUGUUGAUUAUUGCACUGAUAUAGUAAUAUCAGGAUAUUGGGUAGGACCUGAUAUUGAUGAUGGGUGGGGAUUUGUGGAAGCUAUUAUUAAUCAAGUGACCUGAUUUUGUUUGGUCCCAACAAAGAGAUCAUUUUUGCUUGCUUCAAAUAAAAGAUGCAAGUUCCACUUACCAUUUGGUUAGUUGACCACAGUUUCUGUUUCAAAGGCUCUAGUAAGUGAACGAUAUUAACUAUUGAAGGGUAUGUUGUGAAAACUAACAGGGCAAGAGCAUUCAUAACAUUGGAAGAGAGAGAGAGAAAAAAGGGUGGGGGUUGUUGAACGCUUGCUAUCUGAAAAAUGAUCAAUCGUCUCCUAUUCCGCUUCUGAAUUCUGAAGAUGCAUGUCUGGUGGCUCGCAUCAUACAGCAAAAAGCAAAGGCAAAGAAGAAAAGAAAAGAACUUACCUCCGAAAAUCAAUGUGCUUAUGAGUUCUGAGAUUGGACUCGUGAAAUACAGGUCGCUGUCAUCUGCUCGACCCGAGCUUCGUUUCUGCUUUAAUGUUACAAGCUUUCAAUCAGCAUUAUAAUGAACAGGCGUUAUUUCCAGCUUUUUUGGCCCUCCCCAAAGAAGCUAGGACCUUGUGACCAAAUAUGUAUUUAAGUAUUUUCUCCAUUAUCA